AUGUCGGAUGAGAACGAUGACUUUGAGCCGGAUCAAGUAAAGUUGAGAACUUUUAAGGACUCUUCGUGGUCUUAUUGUGACAUUUCAGCUGCCCAGCCGAAGGGUGCUUACAACUCUUUACAUUCUAAUUUUAACCAGAGUGCUGAUUCUGAACAAUAUUCACAAAAACCCCAAACCUUACAAGAACAGUAUUGGGCUUGUGCAAUUCCAAAUGCUCUUCCACCCCAUCCUAAUAGAGAUUCUCCCAACUGGGACCCAAAUAAAGAGUACAAGGAGUUGCUAGAUUAUACAUAUCCAUUGAAUCCAAAGAGUUUUUUGAAUAAGGGUAAUGAAGAGACAGUAACAGAUGUUUUUUUCCAAGAUUCUGGAGUAGAUCUUGGCAGCUAUAAUCACUUAUGCGAGAGUAAGUUUGGCUCUUUUGGCUCUUCAUAUCGAGAAGAUGCUAAACUAAAGCCUGGUAGUCCUUCACAUACAAAUGUCCUGAAAUCACCACAUGCCUUUUCAACACCUAUAUUUAGAAGAACUGGUUAUCGUAGUCUACGGAACCCCUCAGAGUCUUCUCGUUUAACAUCUGAAUCUGAUGGGGACCUCUCGCCUUAUAACAGCAAAGUAGACCUUGCUAAGGAAUCAGCAGGCUCUUUUUGUCUUCCCAAAUAUAAUGUGUUUGAUAAACUGUUGACAGCAGACAGGUCUACUAGAGAAAGUUUACAAAAGCCAGGUCAGUUUCUGGCAAGCACAAGUGUAUUACCAUUACAGAAGGAUCUGGAUAGUGACGAGGAGUAUCUUUCCUUACCACCAUCCCUGAAAGAGUUGGACACCCUGGCUACAAAUUUGAAGGACCUUUCAUUAAGAGCAGGUCAGGGUGGAACCACAAAUUGUGAUCAAGCCAAUGUUUGUAAACAGACUUUCAAUUUGCCUGGUAUUGAUGUAGAUCGAGGAUUAUUGGAUUCAUUGAAGAGCAGAACCACUGAUGAUGAAUUCAAAGAUCUAAGCUAUGUGUGUCAAUUGUCAACUUGCCAAAACCACAGUGACUCUGACAUAAACAGGUUUUCCUCUCUAAGGGACAUGCUUGAUGGUGAUUCAUCACUUGUAGAAAGGAAUAGAUGUCAAUCAGUGCCAAAGGUAGAAGAAAAUAGAUCCCUCGUCCAAAGAAUUCAGAAAUUCUGUUGCCAGUUGGACAAGCUAAUACAAUGGCUGUACAGUGUUGCGGAGGUUACAGACAAAUGGAGCACCCCAAAGCCCAGUGUGGAGAGCAUACAGCUAUCACUGAGCGUUUACCUGAAACUGAAGAAGGAUGUAGCAGAGCAGAGAACACUGGCUAAUACAAUUCUGAAGGAUGGAGAGUCGCUGGUGAAAUGUAUGGCAGUUAAUUCUUUGGUUCUGAAGGACACGUUGGCAUUAAUUUCCAAACAAUCUGGAGAGCUUGAAAGACACACCGAGCGCCUGUACGCAUCGGUUCUUGAAGCUAUGGAUACUAUCACUGAUGAAGGCUUGGGUAACCCAAAACAACCGGUUUCCGUGGAGAUGGAGUCACGUUAG